GGAGCCGUGCAUAGCUGGUGCCUGCCUCCCGUGCUGUGACCACAGCCAGAGCCGCGCCUUGCAUGAUGCAUUGGAUGGCUGCGGACCGGAGGCCGAACAAGUAACUGUCUUCUUGUGCUCCUUUGCCUCACCGGUGGGACCAUGCCAGAACGGCUCUGGGAAGCGCUCUGGGAUCUCUGGACUCCGUUACUAAUACUAUGGAUUACGCUCCUCCCGCCCUGUGUUUACUCUGCGCCCACCACUCCGGCUCCGGCUCUGAUGAGUGGAUCCCGUCUGGAACUCAGCAGGCUGAGCGAAGAGCAGCGGGUCCUGAACCGCUCCAAGCGAGGCUGGGUGUGGAACCAGAUGUUUGUCCUGGAGGAGUUCUCCGGACCCGAACCGAUUCUUGUAGGCCGGCUGCACACAGACCUGGAUCCUGGGAGCAAAAAAAUCAAGUAUAUCCUAUCAGGCGAUGGAGCUGGGACCAUCUUCCAAAUAAAUGACAUAACGGGAGAUAUCCACGCCAUAAAGAGACUGGACCGGGAGGAAAAGGCGGAGUACACCCUCACAGCCCAGGCAGUGGAUUUUGAGACCAACAAGCCCCUGGAACCUCCUUCCGAAUUCAUUAUUAAAGUUCAGGACAUCAACGACAACGCGCCGGAGUUUCUUAAUGGACCCUAUCAUGCGACUGUGCCGGAGAUGUCCAUUUUGGGUACAUCUGUCACUAAUGUAACAGCCACCGAUGCUGAUGACCCAGUUUAUGGCAACAGUGCCAAGUUGGUGUACAGUAUCUUGGAGGGACAGCCUUAUUUUUCCAUUGAGCCCGAAACAGCAAUUAUAAAAACUGCCCUUCCCAACAUGGACAGAGAAGCCAAGGAGGAAUACCUGGUCGUCAUCCAAGCCAAAGAUAUGGGUGGACACUCCGGGGGCCUGUCUGGGACCACAACACUGACAGUGACUCUUAGUGAUGUUAACGACAAUCCUCCAAAAUUUGCCCAGAGUCUGUAUCACUUCUCAGUACCUGAAGAUGUGGUUCUCGGCACUGCCAUAGGCAGGGUAAAAGCCAAUGAUCAGGAUAUCGGUGAAAAUGCACAGUCGUCGUAUGACAUCAUUGAUGGGGAUGGCACAGCAAUAUUUGAAAUCACCUCUGAUGCCCAGGCUCAGGAUGGCGUUCUACGACUAAGAAAGCCUCUGGACUUUGAGACCAAAAAAUCCUAUACACUGAAGGUGGAGGCCGCCAAUGUUCACGUCGACCCGCGGUUCAGUGGCCGGGGGCCCUUCAAAGACACGGCCACGGUCAAAAUUGUCGUGGAGGAUGCCGAUGAGCCUCCUGUCUUCUCUUCACCCACCUAUCUCCUCGAAGUUCAUGAAAACGCCGCCCUGAACUCCGUGAUUGGGCAAGUGACCGCGCGGGACCCUGAUAUCACUGCCAGCCCUAUCAGGUUUUCCAUCGACCGGCACACUGACCUGGAGAGGCAAUUCAACAUUAAUGCAGAUGAUGGCAAGAUCACGCUGGCCACGCCGCUUGACAGAGAGUUAAGUGUAUGGCACAACAUCACGAUCAUUGCUACUGAAAUUAGGAACCACAGUCAGAUAUCACGAGUACCUGUUGCUAUUAAAGUGCUGGAUGUCAAUGACAACGCCCCUGAAUUCGCAUCCGAAUAUGAGGCAUUUUUAUGUGAAAAUGGAAAACCCGGCCAAGUCAUUCAAACGGUGAGUGCCAUGGACAAAGACGAUCCCAAAAACGGACAUUAUUUCUUAUACAGUCUUCUUCCAGAAAUGGUCAACAACCCGAAUUUUACCAUCAAGAAAAAUGAAGAUAAUUCCCUCAGCAUUUUGGCCAAGCAUAAUGGAUUCAACCGCCAGAAGCAAGAAGUCUACCUUCUGCCAAUUGUCAUCAGUGACAGUGGGAACCCUCCUCUGAGCAGCACCAGCACGCUGACCAUCCGGGUGUGUGGCUGCAGCAGUGAUGGUGUUGUCCAGUCCUGCAAUGUGGAAGCUUACGUCCUUCCAAUUGGACUCAGUAUGGGCGCCCUAAUCGCCAUAUUAGCGUGCAUCAUUUUGCUGCUAGUCAUCGUGGUGCUGUUUGUCACCCUGCGGCGACACAAAAACGAGCCAUUGAUCAUCAAAGACGAUGAAGAUGUCCGAGAGAACAUAAUUCGCUACGACGACGAAGGAGGCGGGGAGGAGGACACGGAGGCCUUUGACAUUGCCACUCUGCAGAACCCGGAUGGGAUUAAUGGAUUCCUACCCCGUAAGGAUAUUAAACCAGAUUUGCAAUUUAUGCCAAGGCAAGGGCUGGCGCCGGUUCCCAAUGGUGUGGACGUGGAUGAGUUUAUAAACGUGCGGCUCCACGAGGCAGAUAACGACCCCACGGCCCCGCCCUAUGACUCCAUUCAGAUCUAUGGCUACGAAGGCCGGGGCUCUGUGGCGGGCUCCCUCAGCUCCUUGGAGUCGGCCACCUCAGACUCAGACCAGAAUUUUGACUACCUCAGUGACUGGGGACCCCGCUUUAAGAGACUGGGCGAACUGUACUCUGUUGGUGAAAGUGACAAAGAAACUUGACAGUGGAUGAUUCCCUCCAUCCACGGGAACUGAGCAUUCUGUAAUAUGCUAGGGCCACUCCCCUUAGAUGCAGCCAAUGCGGCUAUUUGUUUUAGAGGCAAGUGUAGCACCAAUCAUCUAUAAACUUCAACUACAUUUUAAUGUGGAACCAAAAAAAAAAUAAUGGAUAAUAAAAAAGUCUAUGUUAGGAGGUGAUGCAUCUUGUGGAGUGUGAAUUAAACUAUGUGGAGUGUCUAGAAGUCGUUGGAUAGUUGCUAUGUACGUGACCACCACAAAGAUGGGGAUCCUGCCUCAAGCUUAGGGAAAGUUUUCAGAGAGGGGGAAAAUUAUAUAUAUCAAAAUUAAAAAGGUGCUUUCUUAGACAAAAUGGACCUUCAAGGAAUUUGUUGCUGAGAUGUGUCUUCUUGCAAGGAUUUUUAUAAAUGGGAAUGGUUUUUCCCCCCCUUCACCAAUAAGGAUCCCGCCACAUACGCUAAAGCAAUACUUGGUCGGCUGUACAUCCUGACUUUUGGGAGUUUGGGAAGGCCUCCUAAGAUGGUACAGAGACCACACAUGUACAUAACGGUUGGCCUCGCCCAUCAGAGACGGAAUAGCAUCUUUAAAUAGUGUGUCGAGCCUUAAAAUAGUCACAUGUCCCGAAUCCAUUCCAAGGUGGGGCUUGCCAGCGCAGUGGUGGGAGGCGAGAAAUCCCACGGAACAGGCUUGCUUUUAAGAAGCAGGAUUACUCCUUCCCUCCACUUCAUCUCGUUCCACAAGGACACAGAGGUAGACUAUGUCAUGCAAUGGACGAUGUGAGGGACAGAUGGUUUUAUUUGUUUAAGCCUCAAAAUAAAUAUUUUAUUGAUGUCCAUUCAUGCGUUUAUUUAUUAAGGUUGGUAACCUAUAGAGGAAAGGGACUAUAUGGAGAAAAAAAAAGAUAAAUUAUAUCCAUUAAUAAUCCUUUAGAUUGUUUUAUAUAAAUAUAUAUAUAUACACACACACACACAAUGAAUGUUUAAUACAUGUACAUUUUGAUGAGAUGAGUAUGGCAGGCAAUAUUUUGACCAGGGAGCAAAUAGUCUCUUUAGUGUAGAAAGUGUUAUUGUGACUGGUGAUGGCAGGAACAGCUUUUUUUCCCAGAGAAACUUUUAGACUGUUUUCUAUUUUGUUCAUACUCCUAGUAUUUGGUGUUUUUACUACAAGCACAAACAUCUGAAAGUAUAUCGAUCCGUGUGAAUAUUUAAACUCUAGACUUUUAGAUACCUACAUACAUGACCCAGGAGACAUGCUUCAAGUCGCCCCACAAUGUUUUAGAGCAGGAACCCGACUUGUACAUAAUUUUACUGCUUCUGUUUUCAGCACUUCUCUCCCCGAUCCUCCUGGUGAGACCCAGAACAUCUUAGAGUCCAAAAGACAACAGCCCUAGCAGAUGUGAGCAUAUUCAAUUUGUAAUACCAACCUGACCGUUUAGGAGUAGAGAAAUGUAUGAUACAACCGAACUACGACGACAUGCAGAUCAUUUUACUUUUCUACUUUGCUUUAAGGCAAUAUUGUUUAUUUACUCCAUGUAUUGUAUUCAGAGAAAACUCCUGUAUUGUUUCCUACUUUGUGAAAUAUAUUUUUAUAAAUA